AUGUCAACGUGGGGAGCAUAUUUCUCUUCUUAUGUGAAGAAGAAAGAAGAUGGAACGUUGGUGUCUGAUAACAAGUUGCCAGAGGAGAGCAAAUCAGAAGUCCCACCUCCACCCAAGGUAAACAUUCCAGUGCAAAAGCCGAGCACGGCGACAAAGAAAUUAUACGGUGCGACGUUUGAGGAGAAGGGUCCCCAGGGAGCGGAAAAAGCAGCUGGUAAUGCAGCGAGAGUCGCAAAGCUUUUUGGGCGUGAUGUUUCCAAUCCAGCCCUGGCCCAAGUCGUGAGCGAUGCUGUCAAACAAAAGAAAGAAACUGUCACCGAACCGAAAGACGAAUUAAUUCUACCCAAAUCUACAUAUGUUCCCAUUACUCAGAAAUCACCCAAGAAAGCUUCUACCAAAAAGGCCUCCCCAAAACCUGUACUAGAAACCAAAGACGUCGAGGUUGUUAGCAGACCUGCUUUUGUGCCAAUUACACAGCGCCUGCGAAAGGACUCGAUCAGCGAGACAGUGGCAAUGAUGUCGUCGCAUUCUAUGGUCCCGGCCAAACUUGAAGUCAAGCAAGAUAUCACUAUCGUCAAGCCACCAACGACACCACGCGCUCAGGUGACUGUUCUACCUCCGCUGCAGACAUCACCUAGGAACGACGAUCGCCAAUCCAUACCUAUUAUGUUUCAUGGAAUUAAGCAUGCGUCGACUGAAAUCGUGCCGCUGAUGAUCUCAGACAAAGCCCUAGUAAAUUCACCUCUACAGAUGAGGAAAACAAGGGCAAGGAAAGAUUCCAAGUUCUCAGAGCCUUCAGUGACUCGAAAUGGAACACAAACCUCGUUCGACGAUUUGAUGAAUGAGCUAGGUGCUCACACGUCUACCUUCAGUUCAGAUAGUCGCUCACCCAGCAAAGACCGAAGCGCCAGAGCAGGCAAUCGUGGUUUUCAAAGCAGAUCACCAAGCUCUGAGAGAAAUCCGAGGCGAGAUAACAGUCGCUUACAUUCAGCAAAGUCCUCAGUUGAUGAUGUUCUGAUCACAUUGCAGCGAUCACCAGUUGAAGCUAAAUCUCCCGGGCCAACGAAACAGGCUCAAAGAAGAGGUCGAAGUGGACCAAAACAAUCCAUUUCCGAACUCGACGAUAUCAUGCUUGCCCUUCAAGCCGAGAUCAAAGCCGAACCUAAAUCAAGAUCUGUGUCACCCAGGCCACCGUUCACAAAGGAAGUUGCCGAUAUGCAGGUAGCGAUCCAGCGAGCACACCGAUCUGCUUCAUCUACAUCGUCGAGACGAACACAAAGUCCAAGCAGCGAAGGGCCACUCACCGAGGUACCUGAAGGCGAGGAAGUGGUGGUUGAGAUAAUUGAGAGUAGGGCUUGGGAGCACGCGCGGAAGAUAUCUGAAUUCAAGCUGCAGCAAGAGCUGAUGGAGAAAGAGCGGAAACGGAUGGCCGAAGAACAAGUCAAAUUCCAGCAAAUGGAGGCCCGAUUCAGAGAGGAAGAGGAACAGCAGAGACUUUUUGUUGAGGAUGUACGAAAAUCACAGGAAAAAGAACAGCAGGAAGAAGAUGAGAGGCGGAGAAGCGUCGAGGAACAAUCUAGAAAGGAGAUUGAGGAGAGGGAAAGGAUGCUAGUUGAACAAGCAAGAAUUGCAGAAGAGAAGCAGGAGGCGCAGCUACGACAGGAACGCGAAAAAAGGGAAGAGGAGCAGCGCAUUCAACGCGAUAAACGGAUAUUCGCAGCUGAAGAAAAGAAAAGGAUAGCAGAUGAGCAGGAGAGGAAUAAGCGGAUGUGGGAGGAAGAGCGCGCACGGAACGCAGCUGAGGUAGCGAGGUUAAUUGCCGAGGAAGAAGAAAGGGAGAGGUCCGAGUUGGAGGCACUAAAACUUGUCAGAAGAAGAGAUACCAGUCAAGGUCCGGUGUCUCCUAUGCAUCGAAGGUCACCGGACUUAGACGACAUCAGCAUAUACUCGGACGAUCUGGUUGAGAGUGAAGACGAUUUUGAAGAGCAGCUGGAAGAGGAACGCCGGGCCUAUGAACUUGAACAAGAUGAAACAAGGCGAAGAGAUCGACAAGCAGAGGAAGAGAGGGCCGAAAGAGUGCGAAAACGUGAGGAGCAAGACCGUCGAGAACAACUCAGAUAUGAAGCACAACAGACCGAGAAACUUCGAUUGGCUGCUGAAGCCGCCGAGGCAGAGGCUCGUAGGUAUGAAUUUGAAGAAAAGGAAAGGCAACGACGCCAAGAAGAAGCUGAGCGCACCCGAAUCGAAAUGCAACAAGACGAUGAACGACGCCGCGUCGAAGAGCAAAAGCAACAAAAACUUCAAUUCCAAAAGGAACAAGAAGAACGUCGGCAAUACGCACUCGAAGAAGCCACACGUCUACGUGAGGCUGAACAAUUAGAAGAACGCCGUCGUAUCGAAGCAGAGAAGAUCAAAUCUCCAGCACCAUUCCAGAAAGAACAAAAUUACUGGGCGGAACGCAAGCGAAUGGCAGCAGUACGAUCUCAACCUCAAUCUCCCCUUCCUCCAACACCACGAUCCCAACCCCAAUCCCCUCUCCCUCCUCCACCACGAUCUCCUCUACCCCCGGCACCGAGCCCGAACGACCAAGCAGAAGAACGUCGCAUCCAAGCCCUCGCCGCCAAACUCCAAGCCGAAGACGAAGCCGCCGAAGCCGAAGCUGCUAAACAGGAAGAGCUCCGGAAAGCGGAAGAAAAAAUCCGCGCUGCGUUUGCGGGUAUGGCGCGCGAAAGAGGGGAGGCUCCGCCGCCGGUUGUGCCCAUGAAAGAACCUUCUGCGAGGAUUGUUGGGAAGGGUGGACCGUUGCCGAUGUUGAAUCGAGCGGCUACUUUCCAGGCUGAUGGUCCUGCGGUCCCGACGAAGGAGGGGAGGGUGGGGAUGAUGAAGGGACCGUUGGUUAAGAGGGCGGGCACGGUUGCUGGUGGUGAGGUGCCAGUGAGGAGUGCAGGUGUUAAGGUUGGGGAUGGUUUAGCUGCCGUGGCGCCUACGAGGGGAGGGACUGUUGUUGGACGACCUGGUGGACUGCCCAGUGGGCCGAGGGCUGGGAGGGGGUUGCCUAGUGGUCCUAGGGCUGGGAGGAUGAUUUAA